AUGGCGCCGCCGCCGCUGUCGCUGGACUACUGGCGGGGGUUCUUCAGCGGCGCGCGCGCCAGCAUCUUCGACGCCAUCGACGCCACCAUCCGGGUCGCCGCCGCCGACCACCCAGACGGCCUCCUCGCUCGCCGGGACGCCAUCGCCGAGCGCCUCUACACCGCGCUCAUCGUCCUCCCGCCGGCCGAGGCGUCGGGGCUCCCCGCCCCCGGCCCGCCUCUGCAGCACCAGCUCCUCCCGGCAGGCGCCAGAAGCGUCCCCAGCAUCUGCAGCUCCGACCGCGCCGAGGCCGUCACCGACGAAGGCAGCGGCGGCACCACCGCCGCCCCACGCAGCGACUGCGACGGCCCCAUCGUUGCCGAGGCCCUCCGCGUCAAGGCUGCGCUCUCCAACGCCCAAGAAAAGUCGGAGGCCGAGUUGCUCGAGCUGCUCGCGAGGCUGCGGCGGUUGGAAUUCACGGUGGACGCCAUCAUGGCUACUGAGAUUGGAAUGGCCGUGAAACCCCUGCGAAAGCACAGCUCGAAACAGAUUCGGCAGCUCGUCCGAUCGCUCAUUGAAGGUUGGGAGGCUACGGUGAACGAGUGGAUGAGCAAUGGAGGUUCCAUUGUAGGAGCUGCCCAGCCAGGUGUGGGCGCUGGUCGCUCAAUGCAACAAGAUCGGUACAUGGAAUUGAUGGAUCUUCAUCAGGAUCUCGUGGACAAGUUGGAUUUCUCUCAUGGAAUUGAUUUCCAGCGGGAGAUUCUUCGCCUCUUCAAUGCAUCGGUACACCACCCCUCCUCAUCGCCUGUUAGUUCUUUCUUUCUGCUGGUUACGUUUCGACGAUACACUUUUCGCCUGACGGAGGAUUCAGUGGCUCUGGCCUUGCAAUCGUGUUUGGGUGGUUCAGCUCAUGGUUUUCAUGUCAAAUUCUUGAGUGAAAAUCACUUUCGUAUCUCGGUGUCUUGCAAGUCUGUUGGUUUUCAUAUCUUUGCUCUCCGCCGUUUUGUUGGCUCCUGCUUUGAUAUUUAUUUCCACCUCUGGAACAAUGGGGUUGCAUAUCGUGAAGCUGAUAAACGGCGUUGGGAAUUAGAACAAGAGGCUGAGUGGACUACUGUCCAAUCUAAAAAGAAACGUUCUAAAGAGAAGAGAUUAUCAUAUCAAUGGGUCAAGGAACUUCCAAAGAAAAAGGUCAGAUUUGCGGAUAAGCUUGUGCAGGAUUCUCCUGUGAAAAAACACCAACCCCCAGCCAUGCCUAUACAUAUUUACUUUGGUGCUUUUCGGUCCACUUUUGUGCCUCCGAUCUCUUCUGUCCCUAUCAAGCUUGUUUUUGGCAGAAUUCUCUCAGAUUUGGAUCAUGGGUCUGAGCCAGUUUCUCCUCCGUGUUCUUCGCGAGAUUUUGCUAGUCUGCCGCCUCAUUGCGCGGAAUCAUUGGCACCGCUUCAAAAUUCAAAUUCGAAUGCUUUUUGUGGCCGUUGUCUCUCUUUGGGCCACUGGGCCUCCAUCUGCAAUUUGGACAUUAGAUGCCGCUUAUGUAGAACCUUUGGCCAUAUAGCUAGGUUUUGUCCAACCAAGCCUGUUACAUCCAAAGUCUCUCGGCCCAUCAAGCGAUGGAGGGUCAAAACUACAUAGGGCUUUCAGAUGGGAGCUGCCCAAGGAGUUCAGAUGGAUGCUAGACUGAAUAAUCAGCAAAAUGAGGGGUUUGAAGAUAGUCAGGAUAAUCAGCACAAUGGUCAACACGGAGGUGAAAAUUUCCCUGUUAAUCCUGUCCCGCAGCACCCUGUUCAACCCCAAGGCACAGUUUCCUUUGAUCUGUCUGGUUUCACUGCUCAGUACCCUCGUGCUAACGGUCCAGAUUCAGUACCUCGAGAUGAGGAUGUUUUAGUAGGUAACUAUGGAUUUUCUGACUUGUCUUCCUCCUCUACUAGAAUGGAGGUUCAGAGCUCUCCAUGGGUUGCUCUCCAAGUGAUUGAGCAGAGGGCUUUUAACAUCCUGAAGGCUCGAUUGGUACAGCAGCCUAUGCUUCAUCUCCCUUUGGUGAUUCCAUCACAAACUGCUUAUGAAGUACCACAAGUUCUGGCCAUAGUGCCAUAUCAUCCUAGUCUGCAUGCAGUCUUGAUAAGGAUAUGGGCUGAAUCUCAGAUGUUACAGAACCUUCAUGAGCAACAGAUGACAGAUAUUUCUUCGAAAGCAAUGACUAUUGAUAGUGUGGCUGAUAGUUCUUCAGCAAGAACACUUGCUCUUCCAUCGGUGACCUCAGUUAACAAUCCCUUGGCAUUUCUGGAAGACUCGAGUUGCCGGCGCAGCACUAGACAAAGUGUCAAUAGGGAUGGUUUCUGGCAUAUUCAGCUGGAAGACCACCCCCGUAAGCGACGUUGUACCUGGACUGAGGUCCCAGUCCGUCCCACAGAUGCUGCACAACUUCUAAACAAUCCACCGCAGCCACAUGAUGAACUGAUUCCGGGGCAGAUACCUAAUGAAAUGUUGAAGAAUUGGGGUGUGAUAUGCAGUGUUCAGCCAGAGGACAUCACUGAUGAUGUUCUGUAUCAGGAGCCUUUGGAGAUGGUUAUAAAUGAAUAGAUCUUGGAAUAUACUUUGUUGGAACAUUCGAGGUAUUAAUAGUGAUAGUAAAUGGGAGGCUUUGAGAAAUAAAAUUGAAGAGAGUGCUUGUUCCAUCUUCUGUUUGCAAGAGACUAAGAGGGAUAUAUUUGAUUCACAAUAUUUAAAAAAAUUUGCUCCAAGAAGGUUUGAUAAAUUUGAUUUCAUCCCCUCAGUGGGUGCUUCUGGUGGUAUUUUAGUAGCUUGGGUUAGCUCUGUCUUUGAUGGUAUGGUUAUUGAGAAACAAAGCUAUGCAAUUUCAUUGUCCUUUGUGGCAAGACACAAUGGAGAAUCCUGGUUUUUGACCUCUGUAUAUGGACCUUGCACUGAGCCCACCAGAUCUGAAUUUAUUACAUGGCUUAAAAAUAUGAAUAUUCUGGAUGAAGAUAAUUGGAUCAUUAUGGGAGACUUUAAUUUCUAUCGAUCUUUGGAGGACAGAAAUAGGCCUGGGGGUGAUAUACAUGAUACAUUUCGUUUUAAUGAAGCUAUUGGUCAUUUGGGCUUAACAGAAAUACCUAUUAAGGGUCGUGCCUAUACGUGGAGUAAUAUGCAGCAGAACCCUUUGCUAGAACAGUUGGACUGGUUUUUCACUUCUGUAAAUUGGACGACGACAUAUCCCAAUACCUUGGUGCUACCACUAGCAAAGCCAAUCUCAGACCAUAUACCUUGUACAGUGGUAAUUGGCACAAGUAUACCACGAUCCAAUAUUUUUAGAUUUGAAAAUUUUUGGCCUGAGCAUCCUGGAUUCAUAGAUACAGUGAGGAACUCAUGGGCUACCCCUAUUUCUUAUGGGAACACUAGCACCAAGGAAAUUUCCAAGAAUUUCAAAAAUCUUCGGCAUGCUCUUAAAUUAUGGAGCAGGAACUUGUCAAAUCUCAGUAAGCUCAUCGCUGAAUGUAAUAAGAUUAUCCUUUUUUUGGACUCUCUGGAGGAAUGUAGACCUUUGUAUCUGAAUGAGUGGAAUUUCAGAGUUAUUAUCAAGAAACAUUUGCUCCAGUUACUCAAGUAUAAGAAUAUAUAUUGGAGAAAGAGACAUACAGUGAACCGGAUCAGAUUAGGUGAUGAGUGCACAAAGUAUUUUCAUGCAAUGGCUACAAUUUCAUACCGGAAAAAUGUUAUAUCUCAGCUUCAGGAUAGCACUGGCAAUGUGGUUC